AUGGAGAAUGCAGAACGAAAUUCCGCAAUGAUGUGUUUACUCAUGUUGAAGUACGGGCCAGGAAGAAGCUCUGCGAUGCGAAUUCCUUACAAAGUGAAUCCAGAACGCUGCAAAGGAAACGACUCCGGCCUUAUUGCCGCGGAAAAGCCAGGGAAAGAGUUUGAGAAGGAAAAUGUAUCAUCAGCUGCUAAAAAACUGCGAAAACGAAUGGAAUUCAAUAGCGAAGAAGUUUGA